AUGUCCGGCCGUCGCCAUCGCUCGGCCGUCGCGUGCCAGAAAUGUCGGCAGCGCAAGGUGCGCUGUAGCCUCACGGUGACCGGGGUGCCCUGUAUCGGCUGUACGCAGGAUCGUACGCAGUGUAUCAUUCCCCAUGCAAAAAUGCCAACAUCAUCCACUCACGUGUCGGGCAGACCUAAGUGCCGACCGCAUGCCUCGCCGUCAUCCCCACUGUCGACUCCGCUGUCGAGUCCGCUGUCGCAGGAGGCUGGCAUGGCCCAGACGAACCGACCUCAACUAACGCCCCCGACCUCGGUAGAUGGUCCUUUCAUCACACCGGAAGCUCAUCAACCGCGCACAUCGUCGCCGGAACAGAUUCUGCACCCGGACGAGGAGCAGACGGGGGCUGAGAUAGCCAACACAGUCCUGGGUCGGAGCGUCCAACAGGGCCAGGCGCCGUUCUAUACGGGCGAAUCCCCGGGGUUCACGGCGGCCUUGGACUUGUGUUCUCCGACGCAGAUCCCGGUGCCCCGGCAUAUUUUGAUGCCAUCCAAAACCUCGGGCUCCCUGUCCGACCAGGACCGGGAGUGGCUUCAGUACAAGGGGGUCUUCCGCCUCCCCCAGCCCAACACGUGCUACGAGCUGCUGCGCGCGUAUUUUUACCACGUCCAUCCCAUCAUGCCGGUCCUCGAUGUCCGGGAGACGUUGCAGUCGUUCCCGGGCGGGGGGCCGAGCCAGGGUAACCUACUGCUGAUCUGGAGCAUGUUCUCUGUCGCGACCAACUUCCUCAAGGAGGAGACCUGGCGUCUGGAGGGGUACCAUUCGCGAAAGGAGAUGAAGACCGACUUCUGCAGUCGCGCCACGACCGACAACACCGUUCUCCUGCAGUCGGCCCUACUCUUAGGAUUCUACCACUCACAAACGGACAUGCACACCAAGCCGUGGUAUUGGACAGGGGUCGCCAUCAGCCUGUGCCAGAUCAUGGGGCUGCACCGCUGCUCGGUGGUGGCACUGUCCAAGUCGUCCAUUCCGCCUCCCCAAGUACGUCUUUGGCGCCGUCUGUGGUGGACCUGCUUCUUCCGCGACCGGUGGCUCAGCCUCACCUUGGGGCGGCCGCUGAGAAUCAACCUCAACGACUGCGACACGGCCUGGCCGGCCGCCGCAGACCUGCUCGCCGACCUAGCGGGAGUGCCCGAGGCGAUCGCCGCCAUGUACAUUCCGGACGACUUGGCCACCUUAGCCCAGUACUGGGUGCAGAUGAUCCACAUGAGCAAGCUGCUGGGAGAGGUCCUGACCGUCUGCUACCAGCCCUGCGGGCCCAGCCCAUCUGUGGAGCAGGUGGCCGCUCUGGAGGCCGAUAUGAUGCGUCUCGACCUGCCUGAGGAUGGGAGUCCCACGGAGACAACCCAAAGCCGCCUCGCGACCUUUUACCGCUACCACCUCCAACUUCAUUACCAGGCGUUUCUGAUCACCUUCUACCGCCGGUUCAUUUCCAAAGCGCCCACCGGUCUCCCCGUAGCUCACCAGGAGAGCUGGUUGAGCCAGGUGCGACGGAAGAUGGAUUCGGCCGCCCUGCAGUCCAACGCCAUCCUAGACAACAUGGUGCGCGAGAAGCUACUGGACAUGGCCGGCCCGAUGACACCACCCUUGCUCGUGCCGGCCAUGCACGUCCAUCUACUCAACUGUAAAUCGCAGGAUCCCCUCUCCCGGCGCCUAGGCCUAAACAAACUAGAUCUGUGUAUGAUGGUGCUCGAGCAGAUGCAGCACACCUACCCGUGCGCUUCAAUCUUCCGGGGGGUAUUUCUCGCGGGUAUCCGCCAGAUCGUGCCGGGGUACAUGGGACAGACGGCUAUCCCGGGUCCGAUGGCGUCGGAGACGAUGCCGGUGGAGGAGUGUGGGUCGGAUAGCCCGCUGGCGGGCAUCAACGUGAGCGACGACGUGAUCGACGCGCUGCUGGACGAGGCGUCGAUCAUCAACCUGUGGGAGUCGAUCAACGGGAUGUAG